AAAUUCCAAUCGAUCUUUCUUUCGAAUGUGUACUCCUGUCAUUCCCGAAACAAGCUUCUUAAAUUUCAUCAGAACAUUCACCGGUACCGAAAGUAUUCACACAAAUCAAACAGGAUCUCGAUAUGCCCUCUCGUCCCCCACUGCUCUCAGAACUGACGCCGUCCACGUCGGGGAUCGUGUUGGAUCCGCAUACGGGCGAUAGGAAGGUGGCCCCGUCUAAGCGUCCGGAUGGAACAUUGAGGAAAGAGAUCAAGAUCAGGCCGGGAUUUACGCCGCAAGAAGAUGUGAGCAAGUUCCGGUCGGCGCGGCAGAGCGACUUCGAAGCGAAGAAGCUCCCCAAGGGGAGUGUCGUGGGCUUGGUGAGGCCCGAGGUAGCGGUCGCCCAAUCGGCCUUGAAAGGGAUGAGUCAGGCGCAGAAGAAGAAUGCGAAGCGCAAGGAGAAGCGGAAAGCGGAGAACUCCUCGAAGCCAGAGGCAGAGGAGAAGACACCCGAGCAAUGGGAUGAUGCUCAUGAUGAUGAUCCUCGGUCGUCGACUGGGGCCAAUCCGCCAGACCAUCAGGACACCCAAGCUCGACCAACACCCCAUCCUCAUCCUCCAAGCCGUCAGCCUCAAGGGAAACCUAAUCCGGGAAAGGCCCUGUUCCAAUCGGCACUCAAGUCUUCCUCGGCCAACCCUCAGCCUCCCGCCUCCCAACAUCUAGUCCCUCCUCAGCCGCCUCCUGCCUCCUCCAAGAAAGAGGCGUCCUCAGCAAGCACUCCGACCCAUAAGAACGAAAACCAUGCCUUCAAGCUCUUCACCAAUGCCGUCCAAAGCCUCGAACUCGACGACAAAUCCAACCCUCCUCCUCAUUCGUAGCCGUCCCGAUUUCUCCCUUCCUCGACUUUAGUCUGCCAUCCAAUUGGGCUCCUCAUUCACACCUCCACCAUCGACCACACACCUCUACAGCCGCAUAUCUCGUCGUGUCCGCCAAGUCUCCUUUCCCCUUCAGCCCACAGUCUCUCUAUGUAGUUCCGUCCCAGGCUAAUCGGCCUCGCUCCGAGAAGCCAUUGUUGUCUCUAUUAUCAAUCGCUCAACUCGCUUCUUGUCUCUCUUCUGCUUCUCGUCAUCGUCCAUCUCAUUCUUCCUCGCUCAUCCAAAAUAUAUAGUUUUUUUUCUCUCUAGCUCUAUGUGUGUGUGUGUGUGUUUUUUUGCUUUCUGACAAUUUCAUUUGGCUUUGAGAUCAAAGUUCCUGUCUAUCUCUCCACCAUUAGAUCUGUGUCGAGUGGGC